CUUGGAGAUAAAUAUUGUUUCCAAUCGCGUUUUUAAACAUACCUAAUAUUGAAAUAUUGGUUAUUUUUUAUUUGUCUUUUUCGGCGUUAUCACAGUCUCGUAUUUCUUAUCAACUGAUUGAUUUGAUAGCAUAAAAAUCACUAUCAUUUAGCCGACAGUCUGCACAAAACUGCUGAAACAUGAGUUUCGCCGAUAAAGUGGUAAUCGUAACUGGUGCCAGCUCUGGCAUUGGAGCUGCCACCGCCAUCAAGUUGGCUCAAGAGGGAGCCAGUGUCGUCAUCGUGGGAAGAAACGAGGAAAAACUCAAGAACGUCUCCGAAAAAUGCAACAGCUACGGAAAUAGACACCAUGUGGUAAAAGGAGACAUAUCGGUCGAAGCUGAAGCAAGAAGAAUUGUUGAUGAAACAAUAAAGAAGUACGGCAAAAUCGAUGUGCUCGUGAACAACGCUGGUAUAUUUCGUAUUGCAACGAUUACGGGGGGCUCAAUGUUGGACUCGUACGACGAGAUUGUGAAUACGAACCUGCGACCUGUGAUUCACCUGACCACUCUAACUGCAGCUCACUUGAUGGCUAGUAAAGGUAACAUUGUCAAUAUUUCGAGUGUCGCUGCGACCAAAGUGACUGUGGGCCUGUCGGCGUAUGGCACUAGUAAAGCAGCUUUGGAUCACUUUUCCAAAGGAGCGGCGCUGGAACUGGCCCCACACGGAGUCAGAGUGAACGUGAUUAGUCCAGGACCUGUAACCACCGAUAUAAGGGAAAAUGCUGGAUUACCGCCGUUCAAUAUCCAGGAUUACUAUAAGAUCCCUCUUAAUAGGGUGUCUAGUUCUGAAGAAGUGGCAGAUUUGGUUCUGUUUCUGGCCAGUGACAAGGCUGUGGGUGUGACAGGUUCUGUAUUCGUUGUUGAUAAUGGCCUGGUCUUGAAUUAAUCUUAUUUUAAUAAACGUUAUGCGCAUUA